GCAGCGUCGUCACGGCGACGCCCACAUGCUUUCACACACAAACAGUCGGCCAUCGUCUAUAUGACGACAAUACACACAGCCCAGCAUCACAACACAAACCGACAGCCCGGCAUCACAACACAAACCCGACUCAGCAGCAGCCAAUCAGACGGCAGGAAGCCUCCAUCCUCUGACACCUCCUUCAGUUCAUCCAAACCUCUACACGAUGUUCUCACGGACUCUGAUGGCAUGUGUGGUUCUGUUCCUCUGUGCAGGUGCACAGGGUGGACCCGGGUUCUUCAGGAGGCCGUCCUGUGUCGGCAUGAGCAUCACUCAGGCGUGUCCUCUCAAUUACUCACCUGUGUGUGGCAACGACGGCAUCACCUACGCAAACGAGUGUUCACUGUGUGUCUACAGACUGGAGAAAAAUGCUGAUAUUUUGAUGAGAGACGGGCCGUGCUGAGGAUGAGGAGUCCAUCAGCCCAAGCACGACUUCAUCGUCAUCACCUUUCAACAUGUUUGAAUGUAGCUGUUAGCAUGUAGCUGUUAGCAUGUAGCUGACACAACAGCACAUACAUACUCUGCUCCACAGCCAUGUGUUCACGCCUCCAUAUUAUAACCCUUUGUUUUAUAUUUUCAUAUAUUUUUUAGAAACGCUUAAUGAAACAUUUGAUUAAUAAAGACUUUAGUCUCUGA